AAAACUCCCAAAAAAAGAAAGAAAAAUCUUAUCUCUAAAUUCCCAAUUUUCUUCCUCCUCCCAAAACCCCUCUUUUUCAAAUAUAGGGUUUUUCUCCCCUUCCCAUCCCAUCCCAAAAAAUGGAGCAACCACAAUUCUCCAAUUCCUCAAUUUCUUCGCCGCAACAGCCACCCUCAAACACCACCGGCACCGCCAAAAACACCGGCACCAAACAAAAAAUAAAGCUUCCGACACCACACGAGCUAAUAACUCACUAUGAAUCACAAGGAAUGAACUCUCAGGAAGCCUCCAUUAAAGUGAUUGAUGACCUCCAACACAUGCUUUUUAAGGUUGUGACCUCGGGAAGAGGGAAGAAGGACAAAUUCAUGGCCGAAGCUUCUAGAAAGCUUGAUACUGCCAAUACCCGCCUCGCUAUCAUUGAAAUGAAACUUGACUCUAAACCUGGUUACCCUGAAAGUGUCGCCAUUGGUGUUGCUUCUGCUGCCGCCUUUCGCGGUGUCACCGCUAUUUGGCCACAACUUGCUGCUGCUGCUUCUAAUCUCUGGAACUCUGUUAAGGGCUCUACCAAAACCUAGGUAUUUUUUGUAAUUGUACUUGUUGUAGUUUUAAUUUUGGGUUCAUUUUGUAGAGAAUUGAGAAAUGAGCAAUAUUAAUGAAUUUUGAUUGAUUAUAUUUUCA